AUGACUUUUGAACGGUGGAGAGGAUAUACUCCUGGUCCAAAUGAAGUUUUACCUCCCAAUCCUGUUUGUCGACUUCACAAGAGUCUCUAUGGCCUUAAGCACGCCUCACGCCAGUGGAAUCAGACGUUCACAAAGGUUCUUGUUGAUGCUGGUUAUACUCAAUCUGAGUCUGAUACAAGUCUUUAUGUUAAAGCUUCUCCUACGGCUUUUGUUGCUGUCUUGGUAUAUGUGGAUGACAUUGCCAUUGCUAGUAAUAAUGAUGAGGAGCUUUCUGCAUUGAAGUCGACACUUGUUGCUGCUUUUAAGAUCAAGGAUCUUGGUCUUAUGCGGUUCUUUCUUGGGCUGGAAAUUGCGCGUUCUGUCUCUGGCAUCUCUGUUUGCCAACGCAAGUAUGCUUUGGACUUACUAGAGACUGUUGGACUUCUUGCAUGUAAACCUGCGAGUGUACAUAUGGAUCCUUAUGCGCAUUUGAGUCUGGAGGAUGGUACUCCUUUACCUUCUGCUCGGCCUUAUAGAGAACUCAUUGGUCGAUUGUUGUACUUGACGAUAACACGUCCUGUCAUCACUUUUGCAGUUCACAAACUGAGUCAGUUUCUCCAGCGACCUACUGAUGUUCAUCUACAGGCUGCUCAUCGAUUUCUUAAAUAUGUGAAAGGCAAUCCUGGUCAAGGUUUGUUCUAUCCUUCGAAUUCUGAGCUAUGUUUGAACGCUUUCGCCGAUGCUGAUUGGGCUUCUUGUCGAGAUACUCGUAUUUCUACUACUGGUUAUUGCGUUUAUCUCGGCACUUCUCUCAUUUGCUGGCGUUCUCAGAAUAAGUCAGCCAUCUACAUCGUCACGAAUCCUGUUUUUCACGAGAGGACCAAACACGUUGAGCUUGAUUGUCACAUUGUGCGUAAUCAGCUGAAAGCUGGAACUCUCACUGCGAUUCAUGUUACUAGUGUUAAUCAGCUCUCCGAUAUAUUAACCAAGCCUCUUCAUCCUUCUCCAUUUCAUUUUCUGCUUGGUCGACUCUCGGUUUCAAGCCUUUAUCUUCCUCGUGAUCCAGAUUAA